AUGUCAGGCAUGGAGGGCCAAGGCGACAAUUACGCGACUACGAGCGACAUCGCGAGCCUCCGCACCGACAUGGAGCAGACGCAGGCGACGCUUCGUCGACUCGAAGCCCUUCUGACAAACCAACCAGGCUUCGCCACCGCAGCUGCAGCGACCGCAUCGAAUGCAGUACCGACAACACCAGCAGCAGUGGCGACACCGACAUUUCACGGACCGAUGGCACCACUGUCGCCGAACCUCGAAGCAGCACGACCGAGGCUCCCGGAGGCGUUCGAUCCAAGCGCGAAGGGAUCCGACGUCCGGCGAUUCGUGGCCACCCUCGAAAUUUACUUCGAGGCCAUUGGCUGUUCGACCCCGACAUAUGACGCAGCAAGAAUUCGGCUCGCAGCGACACUGUUACGUGGACCGGCACUCGAGUGGAUCUACAACACUGACGUGGCCCGCGGGGAGAAAUCGUGGGCGCAGUUUCGGGCAGACCUCAUCGAACGUUUCGAACCCAUUAAUACGACCUACAUGGCGCGACAACAAAUUCAUCGGCACAAGCAGUACAGUAGUGUAGCACAGUACACGCAGCAGAUGGAGCUACUGUUCAACCGCAUCCCCGACCUGACCGAAGGCGAAAAAAUCCAGGCGUACACAGAAGGGUUAAAAUUGGAGAUUCGGCGGCAGGUGAUUGCGGCGAAUUACAACAGCUACAGGGACAUCGUGCGUGCAGCCGAACGAUACGACGCGCUGACUCGAGCGCAGCAGAAACCACUACUCCUCGAGGUGUUAUGCAAUGGGCGACGCCUCCAGGCACUGGUGGACAGCGGUGCGUCCCACUCGGUGUGCGACCGCGAAACAUUGGAGAAAAUUGGAGAGAAGGCGGAGGAGACCCGGUUUUUAGCAACCAUGGUGGACGGUACGAAGCUUCCUAUCCACGGCGAAGCAUCACUGCAGCUGCACAUAGGUGCGUUGAGAUGGAAGCCGAAGCUACCAGUCACCAACAUCAAAGGGUUAGAUUUUAUCUUGGGGCGAGAUUUUCUGAAGCGGUUCAACCCCGAGAUCGAUUGGGUCAACAGCAAGGUGUGCAUCUACAACAACGGGAAGCGGAUAGCACUGCGAAGCUGGACGGAUACAGGGGACAUUCCUGAAACGACACUGGCACGGUUCGAACAGACGGUGAACGAGAGUAACACGGGUUACCUAGCACUGGUCAUGGCAGCAGCAGAGGAGGAGAAGCCGAGUUCCGAGCUAUCCGCAGCAGUGAACGAGGUCUUGCAGCAGUACAAGGAUAUAAUGCCCGACGACCUACCUGCAGGCGUACCUCCUGCACGCACCCACGAGCACGAGAUCAUGGAGGAACCAGUCUUCUCGAAGCUGGACCUACGGUCGGGUUACUGGCAGAUCAAGAUGGCGGACAACUCGAUCCACAAGACGGCGUUCCGUACGAGAUACGGCUCCUACGAAUACUUGGUGAUGCUGUUCGGACUCUGCAACGCACCAGCGACGUUCCAGGCGGAGAUGAACCACAUCCUACGGCCCCUGCUGGACGAGUGCGUAGUAGUGUACCUGGACGACAUUCUCAUCUACUCCAAGAACAUGAAGGAGCACGUGGAGCAUCUGCGGAAGGUGUUCGAGAUCCUGCGGAAAAAUAAGUUCUACGUGAAGCUGUCAAAGAGCGACUUUGCACUGAAGAAGGUGCAGUUUCUCGGGCACAUGGUGAGUGUCGAGGGCGUACACGUGGACUCGCGGAAAAUCGAAGCUGUCCAGAAGUGGAAGAUUCCAGAGAACGUGAAGGAGUUGCAGUAG